GUUAAGUGCAAAGAAAAAGAUGGGGGUCGUGGACCCGGGAGGAAGCAGGACUUUCGGGUCCUACUUCAGAAUAUUGGGAGAACCGCCGAAUAGGAACUCGAGGAAAAAAAGGAAAAUAAGAGGGGAGCGAAUCAACCUCAACUUCGACGAAUCGUCCAGGACUGAAGAGGUAUUUAUGAUGAUUGAAAGUGAUACCAAGGGUAAAAGCCUGGCAAAAUACAAUCCUUUUCUAUUUGCGAAAGCAACCGAGAUGGCGUUGGGAGGGAAGCCAUUACAAACAACAAUGCUACGGGAUGGUAAAAUUCUUAUGCGCCUAAAAAACCAAACCGAAGCAAAUAAAUUAAAAAAGCUCAACCUUAACCACGGUACUGAUAAUAUCAAAGUGAACAUAUAUGAACAUAAAACUCUAAACAGCACUAAAGGAAUCAUCAGAUGUGACGCCUGCAAGUUUUUAUCGGAAGAAGAACUUGUAGCGACCAGACCGCCAUCUGGCGUUAGAAUCGUGAGCGAUCGUGACAUCCAGGGACAAAGACACAGAUCUCCGUGGAGCGCACUCACCAGGCACACGAAUGUGUCAAAGUGACGUGCGCCGCGUGUCCAGCGCUACACUUCCUGCUGUCAGCGAGCACAUUCUCUCUCUCUUGCAACCCAACCUCGAAAGCGAACAGACUUCUUCCUUCGCUCCGCGAUCGUAAAAUUCCUCAACGCGAACCCCUCUCGAACGAAUGUGCGCAACCGCUCCUAAGAUAGUGUAAAAUAAAAUUCAUUAUUACCUACUCACGAAACCCAACGCGUUCGCGACAUAAAAUUAGGGACAAGAUUAAUCCGAACUAAAUCGACCCCCUAAAACUGGUGACCCCGACGUGAUAGCGUGCGCGAGUGAGUGAGUGGUAACCUGACGAACACCGUAUCCAGCCGGAAAAAACGUGUUUCCAUUGUUCCUCGGUCCGGACCGACAGCAACGUUUCCCCCCAUCAUCGAAGAGCGGCCGACCACGAAGGAGGCACCACGCAAGCUCGGCCAGCGAAAAAAACCCCCGUGCACAAACCCCGAACCCACCCCUACUAGCAAAGAGAAUGUAAAAGUGUGCGUCUUUCAGGCGAGGGGCAUGUAGAAGCAGGGGGAGACGGCUGGAAAUACGCGGAAUUGCUCGGAGGCGAGAGCGUGUUUUGCUUGCUACACAGUUUUUGCACUCACACAAUCACACAUGUGUGAAUGUGUGCGUUCACUUUCAGCCAGCGCGCUCAGUUUGGUUUUCUCGCCGGCUGCUUGCGCGUUGCCCUGUCUCGCUUUUACAACUUAUGAUCAAAGCACCCGUAGGCUUCUCACUCUAACUACCGUGAGUAUAUUUUUAGCGACGCAGGCAAGUUGACACUUGUAAAAUUUGCUGCUUUUAAUCGACUAGCGUCUGCGUGAAAUUAUUGUUUUUAAAACGUUGUAAAGUUCUCCAAUUAAUUAUGAAAGGUGUGAAGUGUUUUAAAGAGUGCGCAAAAACGUUGUAAAUGUGCAGUGUUUGUGAACUACAGGUAAGAAAAUAAGUGUGGAAUCGUGCAUAGUUGUUUUUUAUUUGUUGCACCUUGCAACUUCAAAAAAUAUUUCAGGUGUGUUUCUAGUGGCUCGACCAUUGCAUGUUUUUGUUAAAAUGGUGUAACUUGUACCCCGGUUAUACCUGUUAUUAAAAGUAUACAAGCAUUGUUUUAAAAUAUUUACCUAUAAUAAAAACACCGUGCCCCUUGCGAUGGUUGGAUAUUUGUGUAUCCUUACCUGAUCUUUAAAAAUAAAUCUACCUAUUACCUACUACUCAAAGUAUUGGCGAGUCAUUUUGUUACCUUUAUCGUGCUUAUAAAAAUAAACACAUACUGUUAUUCUGUCAAUUGCAUUCGGGCAGUCACCUCAUAAGGACUUUAACAGUCGCAUUCCUUCAAAAGUCUGUUAUAUAGUUGAAUAGUGAUUUGUCAGACAAAUACACCAUUUUGUGAACUUACGUAAAUUGUGUGUUACCAAUAUUAAAACAAUGGAGAAUCGUGAAACUGAGAAUCGUGAAAUUGAGAAUUGUGAAAAACGUGGAACAAGUGCGGAAAAAAGGAUGCGUGAAACAAGUUCAGACAAAAAGAUGCGGGAAACAGGUUCGAUGUAUAAAAUCAUAAAAAAAAUCAACAACCGAUACGAUGCCGAAUCCUUGGGCGAAUCUAGCACAUCUGACCUACAUAGCAUAAAUCUGGCAUCUUCAGAUGAAGAGAUCCCUAGUGCUUCAAACAUGCCGUUAUCAAGUGAAUAUCAAGAAUUUAUCGGCUGCCCAGAAGAACAGACAAUUGAAGAAGAACGGAUCGUCGAAGCAGAAUACAUUAGUGAUUGGAUCAAUUUUGACGAGUGUGACAAUGUAGAAAAUUAUGAAAUCAUAGAUGACACCGAAAACAUAGCAGAGACAGCCUCCGAUAAUUCACAGCAAACGGCACCAAAUAAUAGUGAGGCGAUGGCGGAACGACUCCGAAAUUGGGCAUUGAAAACAUACCAAACGCAUUCGGCUCUCAACGGAUUGUUAGAAAUAUUACGGGAUACAACCAGUUACAAGUUACCCAAAGAUGCGCGAACACUGCUAAGAACGAAGCAAUGUGGAAAAGAAAUACAGCAAAUAGCUGGAGGAGAAUUUUGGUAUCCAGGAAUAAAAGCAGCUCUGUUGAAACAAUUUGGAAAUGUCCAGCCAAGAGUAAACAAAUUUUCAUUAAAUUUCUCUAUGGAUGGCCUGCCGUUACACAAAAGCUCUCGUAAGCAGUUUUGGCCAAUACUAAUGAGCAUUGAAGAGUUACCCGAGGUUCCAGUAUUAAUGGUUGGAAAUUUUUUGGGGCAAUCAAAACCUGCAAACCUAAAGGAAUACCUUGACCCUUUAGUAAAUGAACUCAACGAAUUGAUGGAGAAAGGCAUUCAAAUAGCCAAUAAACUGAUAACAAUACGCGUUUGGGCUAUCAUCGCUGACUCACCUGCGCGAGCAUUUAUAAAAGGAGUAGCCUACUUCAAUCACAAAAAUGGAUGCCAGAAAUGUACCGUUGAAGGUAAAUUUGACAAAACUGCAAAAGUGAUGUGUUUUCUCGACAUAGACGCACCGCCGAGAACGCACAAUGAUUUUGAGAACUCCAAGUACGGUGAACAUCACAGGGAAACAACGCCACUUAUACGUCUUCUCCACUUCGAUAUCAUAAAGAAUGUAAUUAUUGCUGAUCUGUUGCACCUGAUUGACUUUGGAGUAACACGAACGUCAAUUACUGGUUGGAAAUCCGGCAAGUUAGGUGGAGGCCCUAAAUGGAGUCAAGAUACAUUAAAUAGAAUCAAUAACAUUCUUGACAAGGUGGAAAUUCCUUUAGAAUUUCACCGCAAAUUGCGAAGUAUUGAAGAUACUGGUUUUUGGAAAGCCAGUGAAUUUAAUAUGUUUUUGAACUAUGCCAGUUUCAUAGUGUUGAAAGAGGUGUUAACUAAAGAACAGUAUGAACAUUUCAUGCUAUACUUUUGUGCGAUUAGACUAUUCUCUUUCGAAUGCUACAGAGAGCAUUGGCCAGCUGCACAUUUGAUGCUUAAACAGUUUGUUGCACAGUAUGCAACAAUUUACGGGCAACAUCGUGUCACCAGCAAUGUGCAUAAUUUAUUGCAUGUUUACGAAGAUGUGCAAAAAUUUGGACCUCUUGUUAAAUUUUCUUCUUAUCGCUAUGAAGCUAAAUUACAGGAUAUCGGUAAAACCCUACGAAGUGGCCAUAAAGUUUUAAACCGCUCGACGUUGGAUGCAACGAGGAAUCCCCUACAGAUGCGCCUAAUGUUGAAGCUGUCGACGUGGACGGAUUUAAACACCUUAAAAUCGUGCCACGAGGAAGGCUAG